AUGUCGACCCCGGUCUUACGAGUGGGGAUUCUCGGCGCCACCGAGGUGCUUGAGCAUACCUUCUUCCCGACCUUAAAUUCUCUUCCUCUCUUCGAAACCACUAUUAUCCAUGCAUACAACGACCAUGCAGUCGCGGUGCGAUCUCAACAGCAAUUCUCCAUUCCAUACACUACCACCUCUACCGACGAAGUCCUCCACCACCCGGAGGUCGAUCUCGUGCUGAACUUCUUCCCCUUCGAGUCCCACGAGAAGUACACCAUCGCAGCUCUGGAAGCAGGCAAGCAUGUCAUGGUCGAGGCACCUCUGAGCCUGGGCAUCCACGGUCUCCGCCGUAUCCGCACCGCAUCAAAGAAAGCCAGCUCACCGCACUCCAAAAGCACCCCAAAGAUCUUCGUCGGCUGCGUGCGCCGCUAUGCCCCGUCCUACACCGAUGUCUUCAAGAAAGAGCUCGCGAGUCUGGGCCGCAUCUACUACGCUCGCUGCCGCAAUAUCUCGGGCUCGCUCGCCCAUCCAGCCGCGCGGGAGGAAGUGGCAAUCAACGCAAUUGCACGCGGCCAUGGCGGGGACGAGAACGAGAAGGUAUCUGGCAACGGCACCAAGAAAGCAGCGGCCGGUCUGCACCUCGACGGACUUGGCAAGGACAUGCAGAUGCAUGCUCUUAUGGCAGAUAUCUUUAGCUCAACCGACGACAUUACGCCGGACCGUGAGGCGUUCUGCCGAUUCCUCGGCACGCUGGGCUGCCACGAUCUCUCGUUGAUGCGCGAGGCACUGGGGUUCCCUGAUGCGGUGGCUAAUGUGUCUAUCACCGACCCCUUUUACUCUGCGAUCUUCCACUACACGAAUCCGUCGAAGGAUGCGCUUGUUGUACAUGGCGACGGGCACCCUUUUACCGUCAUGUAUGAGACGGGCGUUGAUGCUGUGCCACGCAGUGAUGCCCAUCUUACCGUCUACGGAGCCAACAAGACAGUUUCCCUCCAGUACGAGAUGCCCGUCGCGACGCACACGCUGUGCAAGGCGGGUUGUGUGCGUGUUGUCGUCGAGGAAGCGGGCGAUAUAGUACAGAAUGGUGACGGCCCCGCUGAGGGUACUGCUACUGGUGUGAAGCGAAUGGAGUAUACGAGCUUGUUUGCGGAUGCGUACGAGAAGGAACUCCUUGCGCUGCAUGCUUAUCUUGUUGAUGGAGUGGAGGCGAAGACAUCGGAUGGGGAUGCAAUGAUGGAUUUGCAAAUGCUACGGAUGAUCUUUGAUCAUUACGACCGCCAGUGUGGUACUAUUCGUACUCCAUUGGGUUAA